AAUGUCGAUGCAGUCAACGCUGUGGCGGCGCUGAGGUAGCGCUUAGAAACCGAAACACCAGACAGCUCGCGAGAUCAUGAGUGGCGGUGCCGCUGAGGCAGUCGACGUCGAUAUCCUCAGCCGUUCCACGUAGCGCGCCGACGUGUCAUCGUGUCUGGCGGGAAGCGGUGGAACACUCCCCUGAUGGCCAAGGGCAGCAUCUUCGUGACCGGAGGCGCCGGCUACGUCGGUAGCCACACCGUCCUAGAGUUGCUCAACGCCGGCUACGAUGUUGUCGUCAUGGACAAUUACCACAACGCUCAUCCUGAUAAGCAAGGUAAAAUGCCCGAGAGCUUACGCAGGGUUCAGGAACUGACCGGAAAGACGUUGACAUUCUACAAAGCUGACCUGAAUGACCAGGAUUCCAUAGACAACAUCUUCAAGAAGCAUCACUUCGACUGCGUCAUCCACUUUGCAGCGCUCAAGGCUGUCGGCGAGUCGUGGCAAAUCCCGCUCGACUACUACCGCACCAACCUCGGCGGAACUGUGAACCUGCUUGACGUGAUGAGGAGUCAUGAUGUCAGGAAAAUCAUAUUUUCGAGCUCGUGCACGGUCUACGGCGUGCCCCAGUACCUGCCCAUCGACGAGAACCACCCGACGGGUCAGUCCUGCACCAACCCUUACGGACGCACCAAGUACUUUAUUGAGGAAAUGCUCAAGGAUCUCAGUGCUUCGGAGAAGGGCUGGUCGAUAGUGCUGCUCCGAUACUUCAAUCCAGUAGGCGCCCACGAAUCCGGUUACAUCGGCGAAGACCCCCAGGGCAUACCCAACAACCUGAUGCCUUACGUCUCACAAGUGGCGAUCGGCCGUCGGCAAGAGCUGUCAGUCUUUGGCAACGACUUCAACACCCGCGACGGCACAGGCGUUCGUGACUACGUCCAUGUGGUUGACCUUGCCAAAGGUCAUGUGGCGACGCUGGAAAAGGUCAUGGCCGGAGAGAUCCAUGGUUGCAAGCCCUUCAACCUGGGCACGGGUCAGGGUUCAACGGUACUGGAGGUGAUAGCUGCGUUUGAGCAAGCGUCUGGCACGAAGAUUCCAUACAAGAUAGUCGACCGACGACAGGGCGACGUCGACGAGCUGUACGCGAUUCCAAACCUUGCCGAGGAGGAGCUUGGCUGGAAGGCCGAGAAGUCUCUCUACGACAUGUGCAAGGAUAUGUGGAACUGGCAAAAGAAGAACCCCAAUGGUUUUCUAGAAACGACAAACUAGCUCGCAAGUAGACGGCAGCGUGUGCCUUGUGCUUGGCCUGUUCACAUUUUUUUUUUUUAAUCUCUCAGUUUAUAACUGUUCUUGUUGUUCUCAGUUGGAUCUUGAGUGCAGUCAGGGUUGUGCCGCGACCUCUUGUUGACAAACCUCGAGAAAAGGUCGCGAGAAGGAACAGCAAUCGAAAGAACGCUAGUCGCAUCUCAAAAGAAGCAAUUUUUGGUGGUUGUGUUGUUGCCCGCUAUGGUCAGACCAUGUUGCAUGAAACUUUUAGCUUUUCUCCUUUCAUUGUUGUUACAUUUUUUUUUUUUCACCACCGAGCCCAAACAAUCUUCUGAAGUCUUGCACCUAGUCAGAGCAUAUCAAGUUGUCCAUCUAGUCUCUCUUCAUUUGUGCCAAAGACUCUGUAGUAGUGAUGCAACUUGAUGAUUGCCGUUAACUGUCACAUCAACUAUGUGACAGUAACUAAAUAAACGCCUCUUCAAAACUUUUUUUUUUCUAUAUUUGAUUAUCAGCCCACCCACAUUUUCCUUUUUUUUUUUUUUGCCUUUUCCCCAAUAAAGUUUUUCUCUCUCUCUCAGCCUGCAUGUUAAGGGUUACCAGUCCAAGGAAUCGUUCUUUCCAAAUGGUUUUAUGUUCAAUAGCAUUAGCAUUUCACAUAAGGUGCUAUUUUUUUGUUGUUUAUUGCUUAUUCAAGAAGGCAUGCAUAUUUUUGGUGGUGGCUGCCCCAGCACAGGACAGCAAAAACAAUAAAUACAACUGCAAAAAGUUUGUCAUCAAGGCACAUUAAUGCACCUUCCUGAAUACAGUAUAACAGUUGUGAUGUGAUGAUGGUGUUGAACGUAAAACUGGGAAAAGAGCUGAUUCCUUGGAGAAUCCACCAGAGACCUUCAAUGGCGUCCUAGCUCUGUAAGUGCAGUCACUAUUGUCUUGAUACACAACUGAAAAAUCACCACUGCAGGUUUCUUUUGUUGUUGUUUUUUGCCUGUUUAUCAGUUUGUUCUCUACAUUUGUUCCUGAGGAAAUGUUAAGGUUUGCUGCGACUCGUCAUAUUGGAGGAUUGCCGAUGAAAUCAUUCUUCUUAUGGAAGGAUCUUUUGUUUAACAGUCUCAACAGUUGUUUUCAAAGAGGCAUUAUUGUGCUUUGGCAUUUUCAAUGUAAACCUUUACAGGUCGUCGUUUUUACUAUUUUUGCCAUUUUAUGGUACAGCGCCCCUGCAUGUACUACAUAUAUACAAAGGCAAAAAGUACUGUUUUACGCAUUGUUCUGUUUAAUGCAUUUCUUGUGCCCAUAUAUAGCCUGGAAUAUGUUCCUUUUGUUGUGUUAGGCCAUUUAUUCUGGAGCAAGCCUUUAUGAUCUUCAAAAUGCAAAGUGGUUUUUCUACAGAGUAUUUUAUAGAUUGCCACAGAAACUUCCUAUAACAUUUUUCUCUUUUGUAAUAAACUAUUUUUACUCAUGCAAGCAAA